AUGCCACUCCUGGAAGCAGUCAUCUUCAUCUCCCUCUGGGCUUAUGGCCUUGGGCAGUUAAAGUUGGAGCAACCUGAAAUAUCAAUUUCCAGGGAAAGGGAUGAGAAUGUCCAUAUACCUUGUAAGGUGUCCUCUAACUCCUUUAUUAGCGAUUACAUUUACUGGUACCAGCAGAAACCAGAUCAGAGUAUAGAAUAUUUAAUACAGGUUGCCUCCACAGACACUGUUAUUGGGAAGAACAACAAACUUAUGGCAAGUAAAUAUUCUCAAACUUCCACUUCCACCUUGACAAUAAAUUUCUUAGAGAAAGAAGAUGAGGCCGUGUACUUCUGUGCCUGCUGGACUGAAGGGACUCAACUCAUAGUAAUUCCCAGUGAUAGAAGCUAUGGUCCAGAGUUCUACCCCAAGCCCACUAUUUUUCGUCCUUCAGUUGCUGAAAUAAACCUUCAUAAGGCUGGAACACAUCUUUGUCUUCUUGAGAAAUUUUUCCCUGAUGUUAUCAAGGUGUACUGGAAGGAGAAAAACGGCAAUACAAUUCUGGAAUCUCAGCAGGGGAAUACCACGAAGACUGGCGACACAUACAUGAAAUUCAGCUGGCUGACCGUGAGUGAAGAGUCAAUGAAUAAAGAACACAGAUGUAUCGUCAAACAUGAGCAUAAUAAAGUGGAUCAAGAGAUUCUUUUUCCAGCAAUAAAGAAAGAGGCUGCUAUUAAUCAUACAAUAGAAGUUUAUCUGGAAGACAAAAGUGAUGUAUUUCAGCUGCAGCUCAUCAAUGCCUCUGCCUAUUACACCUACCUCCUCCUCCUCCUCAAGAGCCUGGUCUACUUUGCCGUCAUUUCCUUCUGCCUGGUUAGGAGAACAGCAGUCUGUGACCAUGGAAAGAGUUCAUAAAAGAUGAUGGCACAAA